CAUAAAGUUUAUGUGAAUUAUUUUAACGUAAUUAAUAUUUUAUAAAAUUAUACCAAAUGGGGUUUGAUUAUUAUGGAAUAUUGGGAGUAAAAUGGUCUUGCAAUCAACUUGAAAUUAAACAAGCAUAUCGUCGCCUUGCUCUCAAAUACAAUCCUGAGCGUCAUGAUAAUGAUGAGAACAUGAAGCGAAUUUUCGCCCUAAUUGGCGAAGCUUAUGAAGUACUAGUAGACCACAAAAGAAGAGCUGUAUACGACCAAUAUGGUGAAGAAGGACUGAAACGUGGAGUUCCAGGACCUUCAGAGUAUAUACAACCUUACUCGUAUCACGGAGAACCAUUGAGAACUUAUCACGAGUUCUUUGGAACCACUAAUCCUUACGCGGAUCUACUUGAUUACUAUGAGAAUCCACCACCUAUGUUUGAGUCUCCAUUAGGAAAAGGCUACAAAGAAAAGGAUCCAACUAUAGUAAGACCACUCGCUUUGUCACUGGAGGAAAUAUAUAAAGGAGGCUUGAAGAAAAUGAAGAUACAACGACUAGUGUUUACAGACGAGACGUGUUCACAAUUAAAGCUACGAGAAAAAGUAUUGUCCAUACCAAUAAAGCCGGGUAUAUAUCCUAAUACAGAAGUGAGGUUUAGGGAAGAGGGGGAUCAAGGGCCCACAAGGAUCCCAGCUGACGUUAUAUUCAUUACCGACGAUCGUCCACAUGACACUUAUAUCAGAUCAGGCCUAAGUGAUCUUUUAACGGUACGUAAUGUUAGUCUGGAAGAAGCCUUGUGUGGAAUCACAAUUACGUUGAAAACUUUGGACGAUAGAACAUUAAGAAUUAAAGUAGCUGACGUGAUCACUCCUACUUAUGAAAAGAUUAUCGAAGAUGAAGGUCUACCGAUACCUGCGUGCCCGGCUAAAGCAAAAGGUAAUCUAAUAAUUCGGUUCAAUGUCGAAUUCCCUGAUUAUCUGUCAAAGAAAACCAAGAAAGCUUUUGCAGAUGCCUUUAGAAUAAAGGAUGACGAGGAAGAGAAAUUCCAGAAACUAACAUGUGGAACUUUGUCCAGUGUGUCUUUACGCGACGAUUAGAUAUCGGUGUAUGAAUUUUGU